AUGGAAUCAAGCAAUGUGAAGAACAAGUCAAGUGGAAAAAGAAAGAUGUCUAGUGAGGACACAAGAAGUUACUUCACAUGGAACUUGGAAAUGGAGCGUGUGCUAACUGAUGUGCUUAGAGAUCAAAGAAAUUUGGGCAAUAAAGGUGAUGGAAAUUGGAAAGCAGUAGCAUACAGUACUGCAGCUCAAAUUUUGUCCAAGCGUUUUGGAGUUCACCUCAUGGCAGAUAAUGUUAAAAAUCGUUUUAAGCUUUGGAGAACAUGGUAUGGAAUUGUGAGUGACAUUCUUAGUCAAAAGGCCAAACGAUUUCGAUUCAAAGUCAUUCCUAAUUGGGAUGAUAUUGUUGACCUAUGUGCAAAGGAUAGAGCUACUGGACUCGGAGCAGAAAAUGCAUUAGAUGCAGAUGAUAUCAUGAGCAAAGAAACAAAUGAAGAGGAAGCAAUUCAUAGUGUGAGUUUUGACUUAGAGGGAUCAAGUUCCGCCACAAGAAAAAACAUUCGCCCAAGUAAGAGUGGAGAGAAAGAAGGGAUGAUUUCCUCAAUGAAAGAAGUAGCCGAGUCAUUGAAAGAAUUUGUUGAAGUGACUAAGAAGAAGAUGGAGAACAAAAAAAAGAUGGAGAUAAAAGAAGCUCAAGAAGUGGUACAUGAAGUGGUGAGUGAGCUAGAUAAUAUACCUAAUUUUAAUGGUGCACUUCGACAUAGAGCAAUCGAUUGGUUGACAGAAAAUCCCAUUAAGUUUACGAUUAUAAAAGCUCUUUCAUUGGAUGAUAAGGAGGAUUACAUCUCGUCUUUUAUGCCUUGA